AUUAAAAAAUGGGCAAUUACAAAAUCAUUUAAUUUUGGGAAAAGGUGGAGGACUGGUCUUGAAUGUAACAUCAGAGAAGGAGACAGACACUUUCAUGGCAGUUUCACUGUAAGUUAUUUCCUCAGAAGCAGGGAUUUGAUCGAUGGACUUGUCAUGGAUGAGUCAACUGAAAAAUCUUUCUGCAUUUGAAUAAUCCUACUGCGGUCAUCACAUGUUUGUCAAUAUAAACGUCUCUUGUCUACCCCCUAUGCAUUGCGUCUUCCUUCAGAAUUUAUCAACAUGAAUGUCUUGCCUGCUUUGCUUCGGAUUACCAGUACUCCUCUCGCUGAUAUGGAUGUCGCAACAGCCCACGGGUGUAAAAUUCUUCAUCUGGUUAGACAUGCACAAGGUGUCCACAACACAGAGGUAGGAAAGAGCCCUGAAGCACUGUUAUCUCAAGACCUUUUUGAUGCACAACUCUCUGAUCUUGGAUUGCAGCAGGUGGAAAAAUUGCGGAAAUAUGUUGAAGAGAAAGGACUAAGUAAGAUAAUCGAUUUAGUCAUCACUUCUCCGAUGUCAAGAACUUUGCAAACAGCCGUUGGAGUUUUUGGUGGUGAAUGCCAGGCAAAUGGGCUUGAUGGGCAAGCCACACCAGCAGGGAAUGGUGCCAAGUUCGAUGGGCCUCCAAUUAUAGCGGUUGAACAUUGUCGAGAACGUUUGGGCCUUGAACCAUGUAACAGGAGAAGAAGCAUCAACGAGUAUCAGACUCUUUUCCCGACAAUUGAUUUUCAAUUGAUAGAAAGUGAAGAUGACAUUUUGUGGAAGGCUGACGUUAGAGAGUCCUAUGAAGAAGUUGCAGAAAGGGGAAUGAAGUUUUUGAAAUGGUUGUGGACUAGGCAGGAGAAGGAAAUUGCUGUAGUCAGCCAUGGUAUAUUCUUGCAGCAAACUCUUAUAAACCUUGUUAAGGAAAAGAACCCAUCAAUGGAAAAUCUAUGCUCACGGUUUGACAAUUGUGAAAUUCGGACAGUGGCCAUUAACAUUGCCAAUGGAAGCGUGGUGUAUCAUCCUGGCAACGUCACAAAAGAUAACACCCGAAGGAAGGAAGUGUCCUAGUAAUUGCCCAGGGGGAUUCGCAGAAAAGCAUAGAUCAUAAUUGUUGUAGCAAAUAAAAAUUUUGGUGUUUCCACUUUCCAGUGUCAAUUUAACUCUUUUAUCAAUAAAAGUGAUAUCACAUUCAAUUUCCCCC